AUGAACGGACUUGAAAGUCCCUUGCCCCAAGGAGCAGGAUAUGCUGUUGUUGUCGGUUUAGGUUUCGUAUUUGCCUUCGGUAUGAUUUUGACCACUUUCAUGUUAAGACGGUAUCAAAAGGAAAUCGUGACGGCAGAAGAGUUUGCUACGGCCGGAAGAACUGUCAAGACAGGUCUUAUCGCGGCAGCUGUGGUCUCCAGUUGGACAUGGGCUGCUACGCUACUGCAGUCUACAUCAAUGGUCUACAAAGUAGGCAUUUCGGGUGGGUACUACUAUGGUGCAGGUGCAUGUUUUCAAGUCAUCGCAUUUGCAACGUUGGCUAUCAAGGCCAAACAAAGGGCACCCAACGCCCAUACUUUUCUGGAAAUCAUUGAUGCUCGGUACGGGAAAUGGGCACAUCUCACAUAUUUGUUUUUCGCUCUGGCCACCAACAUUUUGGUCACUGCGAUGCUUCUUACAGGAGGCUCUGCCGUCGUCUCAGCACUCACAGGCAUGAACACUAUUGCGGCAUGUUUCCUGUUACCAAUUGGUGUCAUUGUGUACACGCUGUUUGGUGGUAUCAAAGCCACUUUCCUUACGGACUACGUCCACACCGUCGUCAUCAUCGUCAUUAUUUUGACGUUUGCUUUCACCGUUUAUGCUACAGACGAUACCCUUGGCUCGCCAUCAAAGGUGUAUGAUCUAGUCCGUGCAGCCGCCGCUUCACAUCCCAUUGAGGGAAAUGCCGGAGGAGAAUAUUUAACCAUGAGAUCGAAGUCUGGUGGUAUCUUUUUUGUCAUUAACUUGGUUGGUAAUUUUGGGACUAUCUUUUUGGACAAUGGGUACUGGAAUAAAGCUAUUUCUGCUUCUCCUGCUUCUAGUUUGCCUGGUUAUGUUCUCGGUGGUGUCUCGUGGUUUGCUAUACCAACAUUGAUAUCUACAUCGUUGGGACUUGCGUGUCUGGCACUAGAGUCUUCUCCUUCUUUCCCAACAUUUCCUAACAGAUUAAGUCCAGAUCAAGUCUCUGCGGGUCUUGUUUUGCCGACUGCUGCAUCUACUCUUUUGGGGAAAGGUGGUGCUGUUGCCGCUCUCAUCAUGAUCUUUAUGGCCGUUACUUCUGCCAUGUCAGCAGAAUUGAUUUCCGUCUCCUCCAUCUUCACUUACGAUAUUUACCGUCGCUAUAUCAAUCCAAAUGCCACAGGGAAGAAGCUCAUAAUGUCAUCACACGCCACCUGCGUCUUUUUCGGCUUUGCGAUGGCCGCUUUCUCCGUUGGUCUUUAUGAAGGCAACGUUGACAUGGGAUUCCUCUAUGAAAUGAUGGGGGUCAUCAUUGGUGCUGCAGUACUACCCGCCACUCUAACACUUUUCUGGGAUAAACAGAAUACUGUUGCUGUUAUCGUGUCGCCGAUUUUAGGCACCGCUCUCGCCAUCAUGUCCUGGUUGGUGUGCACCAAAAAGAAAGCUGGAUCGCUUACAGUAGACACCACUUUUGAAGAUGAUCCAAUGUUGACUGGUAACGUAGUCGCAUUAUUAUCCCCAGCUGUGUUCAUUCCAAUCUUGACGUACAUUUUCAAACCACAAAACUUCAACUGGGACUUGAUGAAGGUUAUCAAAAGAGCCGAUGAAACUAGUGAAAUUGAGUCAGCGGAGAACAUUAAUGGUGAGAUACACGAAGGAGAUGGCAACUCUUCGAGUUCAAUAGACAAGGAAAAGUUGAGGGCCGUUAAGUCAAGCGUUUCAGUGGCGCAGGAUGUGCCUAAGGAAGAAAUAGAUGCGAUGGAGAGGGAAGAGGCUUUACAUCUGGAGAAAUCAGGAAAAAUCGGCUCUUACUUGACUAUGUUUUUUGCGUUGGCAUUUCUAGUGGUGUGGCCCAUGCCCAUGUAUGGUUCGGGCUAUAUUUUCAGCAAAAGGUUUUUCACAGGUUGGGUUGUGGUGCUUAUAAUAUGGAUAUUCUUCACCGCUUUCGCAGUAUGCAUUUACCCAUUGUGGGAAGGUCGAGAAGGUAUUUAUACCACAUUCCGUGGGGUUUAUUGGGACCUAUCUGGUCAGAGCUAUAAGCUGCGAGAAUGGCAAAAUGAGCAUCCUGAGAAGAUGCAUGUUGUACAAUCGCAAAUUAGUGCUAGGUUGCAUUCGACUCAUAACUUUGAGGAAGGCAACAUAGAUGAGAUUGUCGAAUAG